GAGGACGUCCCCGCCGAGUUCGGCGCACCCACGGAGAAGGACGAGGACGAUCUGCAUCGGCCCGGCUCGAGUCCUGCCUCGUCGGGCGGCGGCCGGCUGCGAGCGGGGCCCAGGAUGCCUCCUGACAGCCAGGCAGGGCCCCCGGGGGCGCAGGGGCCGUCGCCGCGCAAGAGAAGGACAGGAUCUCGCGCGAAGGACACCACAGCAUCGCCCGAGGGAUCCUCGGGGGAGCUCCCCGUCGACACGCUUUCGGCCGCGCAGACGCCUGCGCCCACGCCCAACGUCGCCGAGCUCGGCGAGCUGGAGGGGCAUCCCGACGAGGACGAGCCCUCGCACGAUCUGGCUACAGAGAUCGUCAAGUCCACUGCUGCGGGGGUGCUCACAGUGCUCCUCAUCGCCGCCAUUUUCGUGGUGCUGUUCCGCGCGGCUUCCGGGCACACGCCGCCCGCCUGCGACGAGGAGCACGGCUGUGGUUUGCAGAGGAGCGUGUGCGAGCCCUGCGGUGGCACGGGGGACGAGAUGUGGAUGCUUCCGCUGUUCGGCGAGUGGGAGCAGACCUGGCCGACGAGUCUGCGCGCCGUGCUGUACUUCGUGGGGCUCCUGUGGUGUUUCCUCGGCGUGAACAUGGUGUGCGACUUGUUCAUGGCGUCUAUCGAAGAGAUCACCAGCGCCAGGAGGAUCGUAUGGGUCGAGGGCAAGGGUGGCAUCCGUCACAAGGUUCACGUUAAGGUGUGGAACGACACCCUCGCGAACCUCUCUCUGAUGGCUCUGGGCUCCUCCGCUCCCGAGAUCAUGGUCUCCAUGAUGGAAAUGGGAGGCAGGCAGUGGUUCGCUGGUGACUUAGGCCCUUCGACCAUCGUGGGCAGUGCAGCCUUCAACUUGCUGCUUAUCUCCGCGGUCUGUAUUGUUGCCAUCCCUGCGCCAGAGACACGGAUGAUCGAGCAGCUGGACGUUUUUGUUGUCACUGCAGUCGUAUCGGUUUUUGCAUAUGUUUGGCUAGUUUUUGUGUUGAGUGUUUAUACGCCCGACAAGAUCGACAUCGUAGAGGCGCUCGUGACCCUGGGCAUGUUCCCACUGCUCCUGAUAACCGCAUGGGCCACGGACAGAGGCUGCUUCCGAAGCCGCAGCGAAGAGCUUCCGGAUGCCGCCGCGGAACAGAUCGAGGAGUUGCAGAAGGAUGUCUCUGACAAGUACGGCAAGGUGAUCAGUGAGGGAACCAUCAGGAUGAUGAUCGAACACAGCGCCGAGCGCUCACUGCAGUCGUCCCCGAGCCGCGCCCGGUACCGACAGGGCAUAACCAGGUUCAUCGCUGGAGACAGGUCUUUGAUGUCCCGGCUGCACAAGGACACGAUAGAGAGCAACACCCCCAUGGUCGGGUUCAAGGAGCCGAAGCACGUCGUGCUCGAGUGCGCUGGGCAUUGUGAUAUCCCCGUCGUCUUAAGCAAGCCUGCGGGGCUGGGGGUAGAGAUUUCCUAUAUUACGUCGGAUGGCGAGGCCAAGGACGGCGUGCGCUACAGCGCGGUGUCGGGAACGCUCUUCUUCAGCCCCGGCGAGACGGAGCAUUUGAUUUCUGUCCCGAUCAUCGACAACGACACCUGGGAGCCACCCGAAUCAUUCUUCGUGAAGCUCUACGACAUGAGGCUGGAGGUGCCAGAGGCGCCGCAGAGGAACCCGAGCAAGAGCUCCAGGAACUCCUGGAACGGCGGUCUGACCGGGAGCUCGAGCCUGGGAGUCCCUGCAGGCACGGCGCCCAGGGCCUCCUCGAAGCGCCCCAGCACGUCCGCCAGGAGCAGCGGGUCGGGAUCGUUCCCGGCGUCGCUCGUGGUGUCGUCCGGCACGUCGAGGCAGCUUCCUGAGCCCCAGCUCGGGAUCUCUCGGAUGAAAGUCGUCAUCCUCAACGACGACGAGCCCGGGACGCUCUCUGUCAUUCCGGAGGAGAUGGUGGUGGGUCGGGAAGCCAGCAUCGUAACGAUCGUGGUGAGCAGGUCGCAGGGUUCGUGUGGCGACAUAGCGUUCGACUACGCGACCAAGGACGGGAGCGCCAUCCACGGCUUUGACUACGAGCCCGCAGAGGGGACCAUAACGAUGGCGGAAGGCGUGCUGCAAGCGAGGGUCGGCAUCACGAUCUUGAGCCAGUCGCCCCACCCAGAAGACCGACGCUUCUGCUUCCACGUGACCUCCUCCACCGAGGGGGUGCGGUUCGACCCCGAGACGAACGGCGGCGCCGGCAGCGCAAUAUGCGAGGUGUCCAUCGCCGGCCGCCCGGGCCCGUGCCGCCGACUGAGGAGAUACCUCGCCAUGAGCUUCAACCGAAGGCGGUUCCUGCUCGGGCUCUCGCUGUGGCGAGAUCAGAUGGCCGCGGCCUUCUUCUGCAACGGCAGCCCCAGCUGCCAGAGGGGCGCUUCGCUGUCCGACUGGGUCUUCCAUUGCGUCUCCUUGUUCUGGAAGUUCGUCUCCGCGAUGCUGCCCCCGACCGUGUUCUGCAUGGGCUGGAGCUGCUUCUUCUGCGCCCUCCUCGUCAUCGCCCUGGUGACUGUUGUCAUCAUUGACCUGGCGUACCUGCUGGGCUGCGUGCUGGGCAUUGCCAACGAAGUGACCGCCAUCACCCUGGUCGCCCUGGGCACCAGCCUUCCGGACACGUUCGCGUCCAGGCUCGCGGCUCAGAAUGACGACAACGCCGACAACGCUAUCGGGAACGUGACGGGGAGCAACGCGGUCAACGUCUUCCUUGGCAUGGGGCUCCCGUGGACGGUCGGUGCUCUGUACUGGCAGGCCAAGGGCAAGACCGACGAAUGGCUCGCGAUGUGCCACGGAUCGAGCACCUACGCGGAGCUCUUUGAGGAUCUGUACCCCUCUGGGGGGCUGAUCAUACCUGCUGGUCGGCUUUCCUACAGCGUGGGAAUCUUCACCAUCUGCGCGCUCCUGUGCGUCGCGCUGCUCAUGUUUCGGCGUCGGUAUUGCGGUGGCGAGCUGGGCGGGUCGGUGAGAGAGCAGUACGCGCACAGCGGGGCGCUGGCCUUCCUGUGGCUGCUCUACAUCGGUGCGUCGAUCGCAGUGGUGGAGCUUCUGCCUGCCUAA